AUGCCAAACCACGACAUCGAUGCGUGCUAUCUCCUUCACCCAGAGCUGACGAACCCCUACCACCAGCCGCAGCAGCAGCCGCCGCAGUGGUUCCAGCCCGUCGACAGUGAUAACGACAGCAACAACAAGGCCCCGCCGCCGCCGCCGCCGCGCCUCAUGCAGAGAAUCAGGCAGGCCGAGGCGUUGGGGCUCGAGCUCACACCGCAAGGGAUACGGCACCAUCCCAAGGUGCGGCGCAUCCAGGGCUGGCACCCGGCGCGGCAGACGUACAUCACGCUGCCGCUGUACGGGGCCGCCGUAGCACGGCCUGUGUGGCAUAGCCAGAACCCCUUCGCCCAGCCGACGUGCCAGGUCGCGUACGAGGCGUACGACACCUCAGGCGACAUGGUUAUGUGUAGCUGCUCAUGCCCGGAUGACUUCGAGUGCAAGCUGCAGCAGUGGGUGCGCAGGGCCGUGGAGAGGGACGAAUCCACGUUGUAUACGUUCACGGACAAGUCUGCCCAGGCCUUUGGGAAGAUUUUGGAGGAUGGGCUGGUGGAUAUGGCAGACAUAGGUAUAAUUUAUUAG